UGUCAGGCGGCCGACAGAAGACAUAAGUUGAGGCAGAGACAACCACAGACCUCCAGCGGGGUCUGCCGGUGUGAGAGGCCGGCCUGUGAUGACGCAGGGUCGGAUGAAUAAGGCCAUCAGUCACCGGUGCUGGUAAACGAAGUUUGAUUUGAAGACUGAACCAGGGACCGCCCAGGAUUCUCCGUCCUCCACCUGUCCUCCACCUGUCCUCCACCUGUCCUCCUCCUCCUCCGAGCUUCACCGAGUCAUUCGUGCGUCCAGUCAUGAAUCCCUACGGAGACACAAGUUCCCCUCCUAAUAAUUCCCUUCAUGCCUCUCUGUCAAACCCUGUCCCGUCCCCUCCGGUCAUCCAGACGGGUCGUAGCUCUGUGACGGUUCUGAACCAUCACUCCUCUCUCUAUCCGGCCUCGUCGGACCAAAACCUGGUCCCGUCAUCGAUCUUGGGCCGCUCCGCCUCGCUGCUCCCCGUCUCAGACCCGGGCUUCGUCUUCAGGUCCAGCUCAAGUUCAGUCUCGUCUUCAGCUCAACGCCCAGCCACACUGAACCCGUACCCGCCCCCGGCCACGCCCACGCCCCCCUCCUGCCAGGUCUCCGUCAUCAUCCCGUCCCCGGACCUGCGCCCGUCCCCUCUCCAGUCCCAGUGCUCUGAGGAGUCCUGCCCGGACCUGGAGUGCUCCAUCUGCUUCAGCCAGUUCAACAACGUCUUCCGCUGUCCCAAGAUGCUCCAGUGCAAGCACACGUUCUGCCUGGAGUGCCUGGCGCGCAUCAACGUCAAGUCGGCCGACCCAAACGCCAUCCAGUGCCCGCUGUGCCGCAGCCUCACGCCGCUGCCCACCCUGGGCCUGCCCAGACUCGCCACCAACUCCGACAUGCUGUCCUACCUGCCGGCCGCCAUGCAGAGAGUCUACAGCAUCCGCUUCACGCGCAACAAGGGGAAGCUGAAGGUCAAAAGGUCAGAAGGUCAGCGGCGGUGGGCUCGGAGGUCGAUGAACCGCUCCCUGGACGUGGGGCUUCCCAGCCCGCCAGACAGGGGGCGUGUCCAGGCGGGCGGCGUGGGCGGAGCUCUGUUCAGCCUGACGGGCCGGCCGGCGUGCCGAGCCUUCCUCCUCUCCUCCGUGGUGAUGAUGAUGCUGCUGCUGACGGGCAUCAUCGUCUUCCUCCUCAUCGCCGGCAACGAGCCAGAGUGAGUGACGUCUCAUGACAUCACAUAAACACGUCAAACGGUCAAACAUCUGCCUCACCGCCGCGGUGAAAAGACUGAAACUGAUCCAGAUGUGCAAUAUAACGUCCCAGGAGAGCCGACAGCUGGCUUUAAUCUGCUUCAGAACAUUUAACUUGUGCCAAAACCACUGAAAACCUUCUCCUUUUAUUAUGUCUAUCAUGUUACAGUGGAGCUGGAAUUUAAUGUAUUUUACUUUACUUGUGCCAAUGGUUUUAAAAGUACAGUUCACACCAAAGAUCCAUAUUUGGCACUAAUUCUUAGUCCUAAACUCUCCCAGAGGCCCACCUGUCCAACAAACAGCUGGUUUAAUACGAUCAACUGGUUAUUAAGCAGCUUCAGGAGUUCAGAAGAUGGUUUGAAUCAGCUGAAACCUGCAGGAGGGCUUUGGGAAAGACCCAUCUGGGUGGGUUUGUUCAGAGUGUUGGGGCUGUCGGCUGUAGAGAUGUCCGUCUCCUUUUAAAUUUAAUGGGGGUAUAUGGCACUUUGCUUGUGGUGCCAAAAAAUAGCAGCGAGCAGUUUCAUGUAGGAACUAUUUUCUUUCGACCAAACUACACCUACAAAUCGUAUCACAGCGCAGAAGGAACAACGACUGUCAGACACGAGGCUCGCUCCCCUCAGAGCUCCGCCAGACGAGGAGCAACACUGAUACUGAAUCCAGACGGACUUUGUGUUCAUUUUGUCUGUAAUUCUGCGCAUUUUCUGAAAGCUUCCGGACAAAACAGAGCAGUUCAAGCGCAGCACGGCUACAGAAGAUGAGGAAGAAAGUUUAAAAAUAGGGAGAUACUGGUGACUAUGUACUUAUUGGUACAUUGGUUCAACAGAAACAUUUGACUCUAAUUGUUAAAAAAGAUGCAUCUAAAUUGGUGCAUGAAAGGAGCAUAGAUGAAGCUUUAAUGUAACAUCUCAUGCCGUCACCAACACAAUGCACACUGAUGCAGUUUAUACGGUGAAAAUAGUUCCUGCAUGAAACUGCUCACAAGAAACUCAGUAGAUUGUCUUUAGUAAUCAGGGGCCGGUUUUAUAAAGAGUUUACCAGAUAAUCCAGACUUAUUUUGGUUCUUCUUCUUUUCCACUUGUUGCAGUUCCACAGAGUUAAUUGUGCAUGCUUCAGGCUCAGUGAUGGUGCAAAUUCAACAUGCAGUCAUGG